CGGAGGUCGAAGCAUAAUUUUCGUCAGUUACAUUUCAGUGCGCAUACAGUGGCUUGUUUGUGGACAAACUUGGCGGUCGUACUGUUUGUAAACCACUGCUCGAGUUUACAGAGCUUGGGAAGUAAUUUUUAUGAAUGUUCAUUGAUAAUAUAUUUUUGUGAUAUAAGUACAACUUGAAAAGAAUGAAUGACGAUAGAGCAAUGGAAGAAGGAGAGAUUCGUAGAAGCCCUUACUCCGAGGAAGAAGGUGCAGAUACUGCUGAUUCAUUGGACAUAAAACCACCGCAAGCAGUAAUUAGGCAUCGGAAAGUUAUUUCACACCGCCAUGAUAAACAUUCUGAUCGAAGUGCUGAACGCAGAGAUGAAAAAGACAGAAAACGACACCGUGAUUAUAGAGAUGAAAGCAGACAUAAAGAAAAAUACUCGAGUAGCAGCAGACAUCACUCUGGCAGGCACUCUGAUUUUUCAGAAACAAUGGAACAACCAAGUAGAAGAUCUGACUCUUCCAAAAGAGAACGAGAAUCUUAUCGCCAUGAGAGAAAAGAACGCAGUACAGGAGACCGUGUUUUAGAAGACCUCAGAGAAAGUAAUUUUGGUCAUAGCGAUAGUAGCACCAAUCAGAGCAGAGUAACUAGCAGAUUACUUGAUAAACGAGAAAAACGAGAGAGACGAGAUGAAUACAAAAUGGAAGUGUCUUCGUCUUCCCGCAGUCGUGAUGAAUUACGAUUAUCGUCCGGAAGCACCGAUCGUCGAGAAAUAGAAAGACGGGAAUUGAAAAUGAUGGCAGCUAUGGAAGAAGCUGUAGUUAGCACCCGUGACAGGCGUGAAGUUCGAUUAAUUGAAGAACGAAGUAGCCGCCAUGUACGAUUAACCGAACAGGAUAUAGUUUAUCAGCAAGGCCUUGAAAUGAUGGACGAAGCAGAAAGAUCUCCGGUACGAGAGAAAAGACAAAAGAGGUCCCACAAGCACGAGAGAGUUCGAUCUCGAGAUGAAGAAAAGAAGCAUAAACAUGGUAUCAGGGAAAAACACUCCAAAGAACACCGUUAUCAGCAAGUACCCGAAGCCUCUUUGUACGAAGAUCUCGAUCGCAUGGAAGUGAUGAUAAGUGAGCAGCACAUUGCAAUGAAAGAUCCAAAGGACAUGAACGAACAAGAGCUGCGUCGCCACAGACUCAUCGAAGCUGAACGAGAAAUGGCUCGACGAAAAGAAAGUUCUCGGCUAGAACUCGAAGCUCGUCGGAUGAAAAGAGGAGAAAAACGUAAUCAUGACGACGUUUCAUCGUCUGUAGAUCCAUCAGUGGUAGAAUUAUCAGACGAAAGUUUGCACUCCCCUAAUUCAAAUGCGAGCAAUCCAAAAAGUCAUACUUCAGCUGCAUCCGAUCAAGAAAGUGGAAAUAAUUCUGAUGAUGAUUCAUCUGAUUCAAGUUCUAGCUCAAGCAUGGAUGAAGACGAUUCUGAUGCAUCUAAGCGCUCGAAUGAAGACUCAAAUUCAGAUUAUAACAAUCCAAGUCCACUAUCCCAAAUUCAACUUGCCAAAUCUGAUGUUUCAAAUAAUGAAUCACCUUUGGAACAUGCAGAUACAAAUGGUGCAACUAAAGAAUCUAAAAAUGACACAGAAAAAAGCGAAAUGGACUUGAUGCUUGAACUACCGCCUUACUUGCCAGCUAUUCAAGGAUGUCGCAGCGUGGAAGAAUACAAAUGUUUAAAUCGUAUAGCAGAAGGUACUUAUGGAGUUGUCUAUAGAGCUGAGGACAGGCGAACUAAAGAGAUAGUUGCAUUGAAAAGAUUGAAAAUGGAGAAAGAAAAGGAUGGCUUUCCAAUCACAAGUUUACGCGAAAUUAAUACACUCCUCAAAGCUCAACACCCUAAUAUUGUCACUGUUCGAGAAAUUGUUGUUGGCAGCAAUAUGGACAAAAUAUUCAUCGUGAUGGAUUACGUCGAACACGAUUUGAAAUCUCUGAUAGAAACCAUGAAAUCUAAAAAUCAGGUAUUCAUUCCCGGAGAAGUCAAGUGCUUGAUGCAACAGCUUUUGCAAGCUGUUGCACACAUGCACGAUAAUUGGAUUCUUCACAGAGAUCUCAAAACAUCAAACUUACUGUUAAGUCACAGAGGAAUUUUAAAAGUUGGCGAUUUUGGCCUCGCCAGAGAAUACGGAUCUCCUCUUAAACAAUACACUUCUAUUGUUGUGACGUUAUGGUACAGAGCUCCGGAAUUACUACUGGGUAGUAAAACUUACAGUACACCCAUCGACGUUUGGUCGGUCGGGUGUAUUUUUGCCGAAUUGCUCAGAAUGGAAGCUCUCUUCCCAGGAAAAUCAGAGCUCGAUCUUUUGAACAGAGUAUUUAAAGAAUUGGGAACACCGAACGAUCGAAUUUGGCCAGGCUAUAGUAAAUUACCGAUGACGAAAAAAGUUUCUUUUUCUCAAUAUCCAGUUAACAACAUUCGACAAAGAUUCAAUCUUUUAACGGAUCUAGGUAUUGAUUUACUCAAUAAGUUUUUGACAUACGAUCCAGAGCAACGAAUUUCAGCAGAAGAUGCUCUAAAACAUGGUUACUUUGUCGAAUCUCCUGUGGCGAUUGACCCAUCGAUGUUCCCUACUUGGCCUGCCAAAUCAGAAUUUGGGGCGCGAACUGUCAAUCAAUCCCCUAAACCACCAAGUGGUGGAAAAGAAUUUAAGCAAAAGGGAGAUAAGGAAGACGAGGAGGACAAUGUGUCUGGCUUCCACAUGGGUGGGCGUGCGGCCAGUCGACAGGCUGUCGGAGGUGGAUUUCACUUGAAAUUUUGACGAAAUUAAUUAUGAAAUAGUUGAAUUUCUAUCAUAUAAAUUGAAUCUUUUGUAUUAUACACUUUGUUCACUGUAUUAUAUGAAUUUGAAAAUUAUUAGACAUAUAAUAUAUAAGUCAUAACAGAACUCGAUCUGUUGUAGCUUACAUGUCAAGUAAGGUAGCUUGAAUAUUUGUACAUACAUUUUUGUGAAAAUAAAAAUAACGUUUAUAAAAAA